CGCCGGGAAUAAGCUGCACCGGUCUCAGCGAGCUGCGACGCGCACGUCAUAGGUGACGUCAACGUCCCCGCCUCCCUAGGAGGGUGGGGGAGAUGAGUGCCGCCUGUAACAUGGCGUCGGAGGGUGCGAUCAUCCCGCAGCUAGCGGAGAGUAUAACACAGAGCAGCAGCCCCUCCGCAGCCCCCUGUAGCGUGCCCAUGGCGGGGGGUAACAUUAGUAAUAGUGCCCUCAAUACCAUCCCCUGCCUGACAGAAGUUGUACUGGAUGAGAAAACCAAAAAGGAGCUCUUUACGGACACCUUCUGCCGGGUGUGUGGGGCCGUCUUGCAGUUUGAAUCCCACAAAAAUGCACAUUAUGAGGGCAAGAAACAUGCGCAGAAAGUCCGCCUGUAUUUCCUUAAACAAGAGCUGGAUGAGAUGGCGUUUAAAAAAAAGCAAGUGGAUCGUGUGGAGCGACGCAUAGCGCGUGACAAGAACAAGUUCUGUAGCCUCUGCAACAUGGUGUUCAGCUCUCCGGUUGUCGCCCAAUCGCAUUACGUGGGGAAGAUCCACGCCAAGAAGCUGAAGCAGGUGUCCGGGGAGCAAUCGGUGUCAGAAGCGGAGGAUGUCUCAUCGGAGCAUGCUGCAUCGGAUCACAACUCAUCGGAACCUCAGCAAGAAACAGCGGUUCCACCAGUCGAAGAGCCCGAUGCUGUAGCGUCACCACUCUCCGAGAAGUCCAACCAGCAGGAAGUGAGUGCAGAGCAGCCACCGCCCCACUCUGCUGAUAACGAGGUCGACCUCAGUGACCCAAACAAGUACUGCAAGCUUUGCUGCGCCUCUUUCAAUAAUCCGCUUGUGGCCCAGCAGCAUUAUAAUGGGAAAAAGCACACUCGCAACGAGGCGCGCAGGAGAAUGAUGGAAGAGAUCGAGGAUACCGAUGAUGACAUGGACUCUGCGGUGAGCGAUGGGAUGUACACGUGUCCGAUCUGUAGCAUCUCCCUUACCUCAAUAGAGAUGUACCAGUCUCACAUGCAAGGGAACAAGCAUCAAAUCAAAAAGAACAUGGUGGCUAAUUUGAUGAACACGUCAAAGAAGACAUUUGCCUCUUUCCAAGAGGAGUUAGAAGAUUAUAUAAGAGUUCAGCGGGCAAGAGGUCUUGAACCCAAAACUAUGUUACGGCAAGAAAGGGAUCACUAUGACAGCUGUGAGGAUGUAGACCCUGCGCCGGUUCAUCCGAAAGCUCACCCUUACAAGUAUUUUCCUCACCAUCCUGCGUCCUACCCAGUAUAUCAUUCCCCUCAUCCGGCAGAUCCCAGAGGGGCCGGCUGGGAAAAGGGUUGUUGGCCUCAAAAGCCGAUGAUGAGAACAACCGGCAAAUCCGGUCCACACAGAAAGCGCCCUCCUUCUAGCCCAGACUCCAGCAACUAUUCCUCCUCCUCUUCCUCCUCCUCAGAUGAAAGCAGCAACUCCUACAAAAAGGAGAGACGGCACAAAAGAGAACACAGAAACAAACACCACAGCAAACAGAGAAGAGAAAACGAGAGCAGCGAGCGCAAGAAGAGGAAAAUCGAGGACCUCAACUCAGGAAAAGACAACAGCGACAAGGAAAGGAAAGCCGAAGAGAGUCCAGCUGACAAGGUGAAACAACGGAAGGACAAGAAAAAGAAAGAGGAACAGGCUGCCGAGAAAGACGCCAAAAAACACAAAAAGACAAGAAAACCGGAGGACCAAAGAACAGAAGAGGAGUUGUUGUGGGACGAAUCCAUACUGGGAUUCUAAAAAUAAAACCCCUAGAUAAAUAUGUUACAGAAUAAAGAUAUAUAUAGAGAGAGGGUCAUGUAUUGACUAGAAGUCGCUUCUCCAACUGUGGACAAGGGGAAGCAGUCCGCAGCCCAUCCUUUAUAACGUAUUUUGUCUCGCAUAGAGUACAGUCUAAUUUAUUUCUAAUUCUUUGUUUAACAAGCAGUGUCCCACUUCUAGGACUUCUUUUUGUCCCCAACAAACUGGUAUUUACAUGAUACUACACUUUACACUUUGUUAAGGCUCAUACCUAUCUGCUGCUACACAGGGGAUUUAUACAUUUGUGAUGUUCUUAUGAAGUAAAUGAGCUACUUUUUCUAUCAGUAAAAAGAGCCAUCUGAAAUUUGGUUUUGUCACAUUAUGGAUUUUUUUUUUUCCAUACUAUUGUUUAUCCUUUUUUUUUUUUUUUUUUUUCACGAGUGAUGCCGUGUUUUGUUGGAACAGAUUUCAGUCUGUAGGUAACUUUUGCUAUGAAUAUGGGCUGUUCACCUGUUAUUUGAUCCCUGUGAAACGUGAGAUUGCUUCUUAGUUACAAAAAUGCUGGAAAAAAAAAAAUACUUUAAACGGUAAUUAACCAAAACGAUUAAAAACAAAUUCUGUUUAAUGUG